AUGCGUGAGGCAAUCUGCAUCCAUAUUGGACAGGGCGGAGUUCAGAUUGGAAAUGCGUGCUGGGAGCUUUUCUGUUUGGAGCACGGCAUCCAACCUGAUGGCCAGAUGCCUUCCGACAAGACCAUCGGUGGUGGAGAUGACGCAUUCAAUACGUUCUUCUCCGAAACUGGCGCAGGCAAGCACGUACCCCGGUGUGUGAUGGUCGACUUGGAACCGACAGUUGUUGAUGAGGUGCGCACGGGCACCUACCGUCAGCUCUUCCAUCCAGAACAGUUGAUUUCCGGAAAAGAAGACGCGGCCAACAACUUUGCACGAGGUCACUACACCAUUGGCAAAGAGAUUGUGGAUUUGGUCCUGGACAGGAUUCGGAAAUUGGCGGACAACUGCACAGGACUGCAAGGGUUCUGCGUCUACAAUGCUUGUGGAGGUGGCACUGGUUCUGGCCUGGGUUGCCUGAUGUUGGAGCGUUUGUCAGUGGAUUACGGCAAAAAGAGCAAGAUCUCCUUCACUGUGUGGUGCUGCCCAGGGACGAUCCACCUCUCCGAGGGCCUGGGAGUAACGCACGAUCAAGUCAUAGACGGAGUAAAUUUUUUGUGCGGCUAA